GCUGUCAGUCAAGCAGGAAACCUCCCCUCGGCAAGGUGGUGGUCAGAGCUGCACUGGUGCAUCGUGGAUAUUCCUUGUUGAGACAUGUGCUAUCACAAACAACCGACAAUAAACACACCAGUUUACUAGUGAAUCCAAUUCUGACACAAACAAACUUCCAACUAUUCUUGUCCAGGAGCUCAAGGAAAACUCACUGCAUAGGCCUACUUUAUGCGCAUCCGAAAACCCCUGCAAGUACUGUUGCAGUUUAAAAUGCUAAAGGAGAAAUGGAAGCGGGCUUGGGCAUGGAUAAACCAGGUGGAAGAUUACUCUCCAGAUGUAUUCGUCAAGAGCCAGUGGCAGUUGGGAGAGACAAGCACCAUUUACCUAAUCUACCGGUGGAUGCUGGCAGGCACCUUCGUGUGCGGCCUGUUCGCAUCGGUGCUGGACCUGGGCCGCGACCCGGUGCCUGGGGCGGCAGCCCGUGCAGCACCUGCUCCCUCGCACGACAUCCAACACUACUUCAAGUGGCCCAUCUACCUCACCAACUGGGGCUACACCGCCUGCACAGUGCAGGCAAUCAUGGCCACUGCGCAUGUCACAAAACACUAUGCCAGGAUGCGAAUCAAUCCUGGUGCUGGAAUGGAGAAAAUGAAAACCAGCUACAAGCUCUACUGGGUUAUACAUUCAGUGGCAGUUAUUUGCUCAGUUGUCAUCACCACAAUAUACUGGUCAGCAGUAUAUAGACCAGGUAAAACCGACUCGAUAGACGUAGUGAACCUGACCGUGCAUGUGUUCAACUCAGUGCUAAUGGUGCUCGACUUGUGGGUGGUGGCCCAUCCUUUCAAACUGUUCCACUUCUACUGGGCGUUCAUUCUCGGAGCCGUCUAUUCUGUAUUCAGCUACAUAUACUUCCUUGCUGGAGGUACAAACAGGAGAGGCAAUCCUUUCAUCUACUUGAUAUUAAAUUGGCGGCGACCAGUGAAUGCGUUAUUAGCAAUCAGCUGUACAGUAUUAUUUGAAGCUCUGGUGACAGUGAUAGCAUGGAUGAUGUUCAUUGUGAGGAGAAGACUGGCCAACCUGUUUCACCGUAAAAUGGCAGCUCGUCGAAUGGCCAACUCAGGUCAGGCCACUGAUCAAGGCCCAAGAAUAGUCUGAAAUGCCCUAUCUAGUAUUAUUGGGCACAAAUCGAAUAUUCGAAAAUCCUAGAAAUUAACGAACGGUACCUCGCUCUAUUGUAGUAGUCACAUUUUGCACAACGAAUGUGUAUCCUGCCUGUGAUUUUGGUGUGCGGUGAUAAAAAAACUGACUUGUAAGUGAAAAAGAGGUUAAUGAUGAUGUCAAUAAAAAUAAAUAGAUAUGAAUGAGAUACACUCGUGUGUAUUAAAUUGUGAGGGGUUGUAAAUUGUAUAUUUUGUCAGGGUAGCAAGUUGAUAUUCGAACAAAUACAUUCCAUAAAAACGUUUUUGUUGAUAUGAUGAUUGUUUGAGAUUUUAUAGUAUUUUCAAAUGCGAUAUUGUGAAAUAUAUCCAUUCACCCAGACAAAAUAUUGUCAAAACCAAAUUAAUUUUCUAGAACAGCUAGUCACGUUGCUGGAGUCGCAAGUCCCAUUAAGAUAAUAGUAAAUCUGGUCUUGUUUAUAAUAAUAUAAUUAUUUAUAUGAAUUGUAAAAUUUAUUUAAAAGAAUUUCAUGUGGUGAAAACAAAUAAAUUAGACUUUAUAGAUGAAACAUGAUAUUUUUAGUUCUAAACUUGCAGUAUAAUAAACUAUAGUAAUAUUACUCAAGUUGAGCUUGGAGAAUAGGUUUAAUGGUAACCAGAUAUUCAUACAUUUUUGUAUCUGAUCAUGAUUUUAGUAUAGAGAGAUAGAGAGGUCUAAAUAUAUUUUAUUGUUCCUAACAAGAAAGUUUGUUUAGAGAAUGACGAUGGAAAAAGAUUCAGCUUCAACUUACAAUAUGAUGAAAUAUGAAAAAUAAAAAAGAUGUUAUGUUACUUUAAUAAUAAUAUUAUUCUUCAACUGUCUAUAGUUACUGCUUAGGAAGAACAUACUGUGAUGUAGAUAAUAAGGAAGCUUUUCAAGAUACUUAUAGUCCAAGAACACAGCCUGCGUUUAAAUGGAUAGAAUACCAUAAUUUAUUAUGCUAUGUAUGUACUGACAAUAAAUAAUAGUUCAAUUUAUUUCAUUUUAGAUUAAAAUUACCAUUCAUUGUU